AAAAAAAAAGAAAAGAAAAGAAAAGAAAGGCUGGGAUCGCUUGGGAUAACAAUCGGAUGACGCUAAAAAUUGGGUAAUCGUGGAAAAGUGAAAGCUCGAGAGAUUAUUGCCUCCAAAAGAAUCUUCUAGUGAUUAACGGCGGUAAAUACUGCAAUUGAUGGAUCCGCCAUCGGAAGAUGUGAAGGCCAAUCUUGCUGAAGAGCUUUAUGGAGAAAGCUUGCGGCUUUCGAAACCUGGUUUAGACUCAGCUUCACAUGGUGGUGAUGAUUACAACUUUGAAGACAACGAUGGGUCAGUAUGGGGUUCAGAUGAGGAAUCGAAUAGAGAAUCCUUGGACAGGGAAUGGCAGAGGAGGCGUGACGAAUUCCAUGCGAUUGGAUACCGUGAUGGGAUUAUUGCUGGGAAAGAAGCUGCUGCGCAGGAGGGAUUUAACAUCGGCUUUAAGGAAUCUGUUCUUGCUGGCUACAAGUUCGGGCUUGUUAGAGGUAUUUCUAGUGCGCUGGCGUUCCUUCCAGAUGACCUGAGAGGAAAAUUGACAGGCGAAGAACAAGAAACGGAAUCAAAAUUCCGGAAAUUGCACGAGUCGGUGCACGUCCUUUCGACGGAACAUGCUGCUAAGUUGUUUUAUGGAACUUUAGCCUCAAAGCAAGCCAAAGAGAAAGAUGAAGAAGAAGAAGAAGAAGAAGGAUCUGUCUCUGCCAUCACUGAUCCCUUGCAAGGUUAUGCAGUUGAGUUGAGUUCUCUUCUCGCCAAAUCUCCUAAGAUUGAACUUAGAUUGGCCCCAGAGAGACAACUCAUUCCAUGAGUUUCUUCCUUUGGAUAUGAUGUUAAAACACAAGAAACAUGUGUUUAGGAGACAUGCUGAAUCGUAAGUCUUAAUAUGGAUAUGAAUACAAGUAUCAUCUCUCUAUGUUCGUGUGCCAAGAGUCCUCCAACAUACCCUUUUUAGCUCUCUGUCUUGGUUGUA